CCUCUAUUGGAUUCAAUGUCAUUUUACAAAUUUUAACUACCAUAGGCAUAUUUUUUACAGCCAAAACAGAAGAAAAGUCAUGUAUUUAAAAAUAGUAUUGAUUGGUCCAUGUAGGAGUGGGAAAACAGUAAUUGCCAACUUUUUGUCCGAUUGCUCCGACAGUGUUAGUGGUGAAUACAGACCAACUCAAGGGGUGCGAAUUGUGGAAUUUGAAACACAGAAUUUGAAUAUGAGCAGCCGAGGACUCAAAGCAGAGGUGGAAUUAUGGGAUUGCAGUGGAGAUACAAAGUUUGAACCUCUAUGGCCAGCUAUGUACAAAGAUGCUCAUGGAAUUGUGUUUGUCUACGACCCCUCUUUACCAGGUGUCGCCAGCGAACUUGACAACUACUUUGAAGCUUUUAUCAACGAAAGCGGCAACUUAAGUUUGACAAAUACUAAAAACUGGCUGGUUAUAAAACAUACAAAAAAUAACGAUUCAACGAAUACAACACUAUCAAAUAACUUUGCCAAGAUUUCCCAAGUUACUGCCAAUGUUGAAGAGAAUGGUCAAAAGCUUCGCAGUGACUUCAGCAACUACCUAGCAGGAUUGGUAGUUGGUGUCAGGGAUCGCAAUGAACAAGAUGAACUUAAUAUUCUGACUGUAAUAUAGUAAAGAGAGUUUCAUUUUUCUAAAAAA